AAAGCAACUCACACACACACAAACACACCAGAUUCUACAGAUUCUUCUCUCUGUGUCGUCUAUCAGAUCCUUCCGAUUCCAUCAAUAAUUUAUACCUUCUGCUCUCGCCGGCGCUCCAAUUUUUUGUUAAAUUUAUGUAUAUUUGUAUAUAUAAAUCGAUAAUAUCCAUGUACCUAUGAUUCUGUAAAGUUAGUGUCUCAUACUGGAGAUAUCAAGGAUCGAUCAUUAGUCGAAUCAAUAGAUGGCCACGGAUGAAGAAUCACCGCUUGUUGACCAGAAUCAAAAUGGAACUCAAACGCUUAAUCAUAGCAGAGACAUUCAUAUUCUGAGCUGGGCGUUCUUGUUGAUUUUCCUUGCUUACGGCGCUGCUCAGAAUUUGCAGAGCACACUCAACACUGAUGGAGAUCUGGGAACAAUUUCACUUGGCAUAUUGUACACAUCUUUCACAGUUUCUUCACUUUUUGCCUCUUCAGUUGUUAGAAAACUUGGAUCAAAGAAUGCUCUGCUUCUUGGUACUACAGGUUACUGGCUAUACAUAGCUGCAAAUUUAAAACCAUCCUGGUAUACAAUGGUGCCAGCUUCUUUGUACCUUGGAUUUGCUGCUGCUAUUUUAUGGGUUGGGGAGGGGACAUACCUUACCUCUGCUGCAAGGAGCCAAGCAAUUGAUCACAAGCUACAUGAAGGAACUGUAAUCGGUCACUUCAAUGGAGAAUUUUGGGCGAUUUUUGCUACUCAUCAGCUAGUUGGAAAUCUUUUGACUCUUUUUCUGUUGAAGGAUGGAACUGAGGGAAGUACAAGUGGCACAACUUUACUUUUCACUGUCUUUCUUGGCAGCAUGACCUUGGGAACUUUUCUAAUGGCAUUCUUAAAGAAAAGGGACAAUGAAGAAACAGAUGAACAAAGAGAUUCCUCUCUUAGUUUCUAUUCUUUCCUAAUAUCUUUAUGGAAGCAUGUGAUAACUCCAUUAUGUGACGCAAGGAUGUUAUUAAUUGUCCCACUUAUAGCAUAUUCAGGUCUACAACAAGCAUUUGUCUGGGCAGAGUUCACAAAGUUUUUUGUUCAACCAUCUCUUGGUGAGUCAGGUGUAGGUGGUGCCAUGGCUGUAUAUGGAGUUUUCGAUGCGAUUUGUUCUCUAGCUGCUGGUCGGUUUACAUCAGGUCUCACAUCGAUCACUGUGAUUGUUUCUGGUGGAGCUUUUCUUCAGUGUGGUAUAUUGAUCUGGCUCCUGAAUUACAGUGUGCCUACUGGUGCUCUUGGAGUAGUAUAUCCACUUCUGAUUGCUGCCAUAUGGGGAAUAGGAGAUGGGGUGCUCAUGACACAACUAAAUGCCUUGUUGGCAAUGUUGUUCAAGCAUGACAUGGAAGGAACAUUUGCACAACUGAAGCUGUGGCAGAGUGCUUCAAUUGCAGUUGUAUUCUUUUUGAGUCCAUAUAUCUCACUGCAAGCCAUGCUUUUUCUAAUGCUUGCUGCACUCAUCUUAUCAUUAGCUGCCUUUCUAUUCCUUGUGCUCAAUCUAGAAAAAGCUUUCUCCUCAAAUCACACUUAAUUAAAAAAAAAAAAAAAAAAAAAAACCUCUUGCUCUUUACCUUUACCUUCU